UCAUGCUAAAGAAGAAAGUUUUUUAUAAGACAUAUCUUUUUCGUAUUUUUGAAAAUGCUUUCUAUUUGUACGUAAACUAUUCUGAAGAAAUAUCAUUUUUUAAUACGAUUUUUUUCAAAGAAAGUAAAGCUUUCUCAAAAAUUCGAAAAAGUGAAAUUUUAGAUUUAAUCUUUGUAUUUAAAAUGAUUCCUUGUUCAUCAAAAUCGAUAAAGAAUUAUCCCUGUUCUCAUUAUUGGCAUAAAGGAUUAUAAAAGCAGGGAUGAUGAAUAGCUGUGCUUUGUUCGUGAUUAGAAUUCCAUAAUCGAUAGUGCUGCUGCUGCUACCAUCUGUCGGUAGCGUAGAGGAGAGUCCGAAAGUCAUGCGACUUCAAAUUUUCCGGUAACAUGGCAUCGCUCGACGACGAGCUUAAACCACAUUUCGUUCACGCGACUGAUGAAGUGGAAUGGGUUCCCUUGUCUUUGACUUUAAUCGAAUAUCCACAAGGAGACAUAUUUGGUAAAUUAUUGGCCCUAAUAAGCUUAACACCCUUCGUUAUUUUAACUGGUUUUAUGACAUUGAUUCUCUUCAGAAGAGAUUUACAUACUAUUGCAUUUUUUAGUGGAAUUAUAUUGAACGAAUUUGUUAAUUUAAUAUUAAAACAUACUAUUCGUGAAGUAAGACCAUUAAAACGUGAUGGUAUUUACAACGAAUAUGGUAUGCCCUCUACACAUGCACAAUUUAUGUGGUUCUUUACCGCAUAUGCAAUACUUUUCAUAUGCAUUAGGUUACAUCAUAAUAAUAAUAGCACAAUAUCUGAAAGGUUUUGGCGAAUAAUUAUUGUGGCUGCCUGCAUAAUAGUAACUGUUUUAGUGUCUUAUGGCAGAAUUUAUCUACAAUACCACUCAAUCUCCCAGGUUCUAUGCGGUAUGCUUGUGGGAGCCACUUUAGGAGUAGCAUGGUUUUUAAUCACACAUACAAUUUUGACUCCUUUAUUUCCUCUUAUUGUAUCGUGGCGAGUAUCAGAAUAUCUGCUGUUGCGUGAUACAACUUUAAUUCCAAAUGUAUUGUGGUUUGAAUAUACAAAUAUUCGUACAGAAGUUCGAGCACGUUCGCGAAAGCUUGUGUCUAUGAAAUCACAAUGACGUUUAAUGGCUGGCCAAUGGGCUAAUAGUAAGUAAACAAUUGUUGCCUUUAUAAUGAUAUAAUUGUGAUGUCGAGCAUCAUUCCAUUGAGUUAGCAGAACUAUACCACGAACCAUCAUAACUCUAUUAUAUAAAUAUUGCAUUUAUAAGUGAUAUUGAAAUGUACCAUUAGAAUUAUAAUAAAUAUAGAUAUGACCUUUGUA